CACACUUCGUCUGCCACACUUGACACCUGCCACACUCCUCCCGCUGCAGACUCAAACAACACCAGCCACGUCUAACGCUUAACUCAACCUCAACUGAGGCGUUCGCAUCAAAACUACAGCAAAGUUCAACAUGUCCUACAACCAACAACCCCAAGGCUAUUACGCCCAACCACCACCGCAGGGCUAUCCUCCGCAACAAAUGCAAUACACCCAAGCCCCGCCCGCACCUGCCCCAGAACCCAAGAAAGAACGCGGAUGUUUGGCAGCUUGUCUGGCAACAUUGUGCUGCUGUUGGCUAUGUGGCGAGACGUGCGAGUGUUGUUUGGAUUGUUUUGAUUGUUGCUGUUAAGCAGGGGCGGGAUGUGUCGGAUGUUAAGAUAGGAUGAAAGGGGAAGGGGGAAAUGGUUUGCUAGGAUAGUUUUUCGAAUCAGGAUUUCUUUUGGUGUGUUUAUAUUCUGAUUCUAGACGGGGAGGCAGUGAUGGUAGGUGAUGGAUGUGGUGUAUAAAUGCCACUCGACAAUUCCAUUCCAUUUGUUCUUACAUCA